AUGACUGAUCGAUUCGAGAUGGACUUAGUCUCGGAUCGGACAUCAUCUUCUUCGUCCAAAUCUCGUCGAUCGUAUUCGCAACGGAAUGUCUCGACAUUACAACAUGAACUCACUAAAAAUCGCAAGAUGAUCAACGUGAAAACAUCAACAACAACCACCACCACCACCAAUUUUAAUCGUACAAUAAGUUUUAAACCUCUUCCAGUAACUAAUUCACCAUCAAUAGCAAAUGUAGAAAACACACCAGUGAAAAUCAUUCCCAUUAAAAAACUUUCGUUUGAUUUCAAUGCUUCAGAUACAAAUUCCACAGUACAAGAACGCACGAAUAAUACACGGGAAGUCAUAGAAGAAACGCCAGUGAAAGAAGAUGAAAAUCCAAAUGACAUACUGCCAUCAGAUAUGAUGGCACGUGAAAUUCAACGAUUAUCUGUGCGACUUCGGUCAGCGACUCCCUUGUACAAUGUUCCCGUUAUUGACAAUCAAUCGAGUAAACCAACUACUCUACAUCUUUCUCAAGUAGUCAAUCGCGUGUCUCGUUGUAAUUAUGUUUUAAGACGUUUCGUGCGAGAAGCACAAAAAUAUUCACCUAAACCAGAUGAAAUCCGACCAUCAUCUCAACCAAUACCAUCAAGACCAUUCACAUCAAUACAAUCACACGAAAAAGGUCGUCGACGAUUGUUUGUCGAUUCACCUAAACAAAUAUCUGUGUCUGAACAGUCCAACCAACAUCAUCCACCUAUUACACCACGAAAAGCAAGUGGAGUUAUCAAACAGUUAUUUUCGUCCCCAUCAUCAUCACUCAAACGAAGUCUCCCAUCACCUAAUCACAGUUCGACCAAUCAGGAUAAACGACAAAAACUAUUCUAA